UGUAGAACUGAAAGAGUUUCUACAGAGUAAGAACCUUGUUGUCGAGCCAAAGGACGGGAACGAUGUUUUUUACCACAUCCCGAAAUUUGAAUAGACGCAGGUAUACUCGUACCAUCGUAUUACGCGAUUUCUAAGCGACGAAGGAUUCGAUACGCCGACAACUGUAAGGUUUCAAGGGCUAGUGGAUCGGAAUUUGCCAUACAUUCUGCACAAAGAAGUCUGGGAGAAGAUCACCUCUGGUGUACCUCCAAUAAUGCGUCUUUCUCCUCUCACAUUGAAGUCGCGAAAUCCCUACUUGUGGAAGCGGACACAGACAAUCAUCAUGUACCACUUACAGAGGCGUGUCGGACAAUGGCACAACAGUGCCGCUGUUUCUUCGUGGUCAUGGUCGUCCCUCAACUGGAUCUGGUACCAGACUCGAGCCCAACUCUACGCAGAGGGUGUACCAUUUGGCCGAAUUCCACUCGGUGGGCCCCUGGAGAUACUUAGGCUUUGGCGCACUGCAGUUCAUGAUGGCCCUGCGCAUAGCGUUGAGUCACUUCCAUCUUGGAUGUAUGAUCCGUUGCAGGACCCGGAAGCGCCGUGCCACACUUCGAACAACCGCAACAUCACCGCGGUUGUACCAGAGUAUCUAGAUUUCGACUCGUCUGACCUUGAUGGCCAUGCUUCAGACAUGGAGCUGGAAGUCAUGACGGAAAUUCAAGAGGCUGGUUCAGAGAAUGACCAUGAUUGGCCGCCUGACUUGCCAAAAUACCAGGCCUUGAUGCUUUCGUGGUAUGGCUGCGAAUCAAUUGGGAAACAGCAGGAUACGCCAGCUAUGGGCACAACAGACCCUUUAAUUCUCAGGAAGAAGAUGCUGCUUCCACCACUCGUUAUGGGCAACUUACGCGUAUCGUCACUCCGGGUCCUUGUCUGCAUAAUGCGAGACUUUCAUCAAAGGACUUUCGAUGAAUCUACGGAGUCAGACUUUCUCGAUCUCACCGAUAACGAAUUUUGGCAGUCCAUAUUUAUUGGGGGCCUCGACAACUCUUGGGAGAUCAAAGACGUUGAAAGGUUGCAAAGCCGAUUUGGCUGGGUCCUGGACCUCAUUCGAAAAGGUCAAAUGCCGGCCGAGGCAAGUCUUAUCGAGGGGAUAUUCAGAGAAGUUUUGGCCGAGUCCAUGCUCAAAUCAACGCGACACCCGUACACCUAUGAUGUAGGAUACGAUGCAACGAAAUAUCUGAAUCCGGACCUGUCGCCCCAAUGGGUCGAAAGUCUUUUGAGGAGUACCAACGCAUUACCAGCCAUCAAGGCUUGCCUAGAAAGGUACGAGGUUGACUUCGGAUGCGAUUGGAUAUUUUCCACAUAUGGGCUCUUGAUACCUCACGUCUGGGAGGGGCAUCCGGUCGGUCAUUCGCAACGCUGCAGGCAUUACGAGCCUGCGAUACACGCUGUUGCUUCUACAUGCGUGUGACAUCGUCGGCGACGGCAUCACCUUGGCUGCGAAAUCCUCGUCCUCCAAUUGUUGGAACAAAGGUUAUCGUCAGAUUGCGCAUCAUCAAGCGAAUCAUCAUCUACGUAGGCCUCCUAGUUAGUUCUCAUCGGAUCAACGCA